AUGAUGAGGACAUGUUUAAUGGCCCUGAACCUUCAAGGACCCAAGGUCUUAUCUCAACUGAAACACUUAUACAGCUCUCGCGGUUUUGCGGAGAUCACAGGCUUAAAGGAUCUACCAACGGAUGAAAAAGCGCCCCUACAGGCCCCCAUUCCGGAAACAAGUUUCCAGACUUAUCAUCUUGAUUCACCACCGCUCUACCUGCAGACUACGAAAGGCCAGCUGAAAAAAUUGUACCGAGAUAUGAUUACUAUAAAUCGUCUGGAAAUUGCUGCAGAUAAUUUGUACAAGCAGAGAAAAAUCCGGGGCUUUUGUCACCUAUCCACAGGACAGGAGGCCGUUGCAGUGGGAAUCGAGCAUGCGAUCAGCCGAGAAGAUAAUCUGAUAACAGCGUACCGGUCUCAUGGGUUUACCCUGAUGCGAGGCGGUACCAUCAAGUCGAUUCUAGGAGAGCUUCUCGGUCGGCGGGACGGCAUCGCACAUGGAAAGGGCGGAUCGAUGCACAUGUUCGCCCCGAAUUUCUUCGGAGGGAACGGCAUUGUUGGCGCAAGUGUUCCUUUGGGGGCCGGCAUUGCAUUUGCUCAGCAGUACUGGGAUACGAACAGGGUCACCAUCAAUCUAUAUGGAGACGGGGCGGCGAACCAGGGCCAAGUGCAUGAGGCUUUUAAUAUCGCGGGUUUAUGGAAUCUCCCUGUGAUUUUCGGUUGCGAGAAUAACAAAUAUGGAAUGGGGACAUCUGCUGAAAGAGCUUCCGCGAUGACAGAAUUCUACAAGCGUGGCCACCAUAUCCCAGGCUUAAGGAUCAAUGGGAUGGAUGUUCUGGCAGUAUUGGCUGCAGUGAGACAUGGAAGAGAGUACGUGAAAGCUGGAAAAGGCCCACUUCUACAUGAAUAUGUCACCUAUCGGUAUUCUGGACACUCUAUGUCUGAUCCAGGAGUAGCAUAUCGAACCCGCGAGGAACUGAAAAAGGAGAGAUUGAACAAUCCUAUCAGCAAUUUAAGGAGAACAUUGUUAGACUGGGCUGUCUUCACAGAGGAGGAAGCAAAGGCAAUCGAGAAGGAUGUGCGGUCGACUGUAAGUCAUGAAACGAAGCUAGCCGAGGAAAUGCCUGUUCCAGAUACUCGACUGGACACGUUGUUUCAGGACAUUUAUGUGCCAGGAAGUGAACCUCCUCAAAGACGUGGAAGAACUGUUGAUGAAACACGUUAUUAG